CCUCCUACUACAGGAAAUAUUUAAGUGCACUUCAGUCAGAGCUGUUCAUUAUUUCUCCUUCGUUUGUUGUCCAGCUAACAAAGCCAAAAUGAUUUUUGAGCUGUUUUCAGCGACAACAUGGACUUUAGUGGCUCUUGUUUUCUCCCUGGUGUUAGUGUAUGGAAUGUGGCCAUACAGACUUUUCUCCAACUUGGGGAUUAAAGGACCAAGACCUCUGCCUUUUAUUGGAACAAUGCAUCACUUGAUGAAGGGAUUUCUUGGAUUUGACCGUGCGUGCCAGGCCAAGUAUGGAGAUGUCUGGGGGUUGUAUGAUGGAAGAACGCCAAUGUUGAUGGUGACAGACCCAGAAAUUAUUAAAAGUGUGACGGUGAAGGACUGCUACACUGCAUUUACCAACCGCAGGGACAGUCCUUUAAGUAACGCACCGUUUGAUGACGCCAUUACAGUCGUCAAAGACGAAAGGUGGAAACGAAUGCGGAGCUCAUUAUCUCCAUGCUUCACCAGUGGAAGACUCAAACAGGUCUUUCCUCUUGUUGUUCGCUAUGCAGAUCACCUGAUGGAAAAACUUGGACGCACAAAUUUGGAUGAGGCGGUCGAUGUCAAAAAACUUAUGGCACCGUACAGCUUAGAUGUGGUGACCAGUGCAUCUUUCAGUGUGGAGGCAGACUCCAUAAACAACCCAGAAGACCCCGUCAGUGUUCAUAUGCAGAAGAUUCUAAACUUCAAAAUAUGGCCCUUUUUCUUGCUAAUGGUAUUUCCCUUUUGUGCUCGUCUGCUGGAACUUCUCAAGAUUGAAAUGAUGCCCAAAGUCAGUGUGGACUUUUUCUACAACAUCAUCAAGAAGUUCAAAGCUCAACAUAAAAAUGGGGAAGCUACUCGAGGGGACUUUCUGCAGGUGUUGAUUCAGAAUGAGAUACCAGAGUCGGACAUAAAGAGUGAACAGGAACAGCCCAGUAAAGGUUUGACUGACCACGAGAUCCUCUCCCAGUCCUUGAUCUUCAUCUUUGGUGGCUAUGAGACAACCACCGUUACAGUCACAUUCAUCCUUUACAAUCUGGCCACAAACCCUGAUGCGAUGCAGAAGCUGCAAAAGGAAAUCGAUGCCAAACUGAAAAAAGAUGCUUCCAUUUCCUAUGAAGAUGUCAAUGAUCUUCAUUACCUGGACCACGUCAUUAAUGAGUCGAUGCGUUUGCUUCCCACUGCACCUCGACUUGAAAGGGCCUGCAAGAAAACUGUGCAGAUCAACGGCAUCACCAUCCCUGAAGGAACUCUGGUUGGGAUUCCUGCGCACCUGCUGCACAAGGACCCUCGCUACUGGAAGUCACCUGAGCUUUUUAGGCCAGAGAGGUUUGAUAAAGACAGCGGGGAGGAGGUGAACCCAUACGCGUUCAUGCCGUUUGGUCUCGGCCCUCGUAACUGUGUUGGGAUGCGCUACGCUAUCCUCGUCAUGAAGAUGAGCAUUGUCCGCAUCCUGCAGAAUUACAAUGUGGAAACGUGCAAAGAAACCAUGAUUCCACUGAAGUUUAACUGGAUGUUUCAGCCACUGAAACCUGUACAGCUCAAGUUUGUUCCUCGAAAAUCAUGAUCCCAGAGGGAAGAUCUCCACAGAUAUCAUGCUUCUGAACUACAAGCCGUCACAUUAUUUUCAGAUUGUUGUUUGAUCCAAAGCUUUCAUGCUUUGAAAUGUUUUACUUCAGUGCGUUUUCACAAAUCGGAAAACGAUUUCAACAAAUCAAAUCUGUGUCUUAACGAUACUUUAGCUUAUCUAUGAUGAACUAGUCUGGAUUUAAACAAUCUAAGUGUUGUGAUUUGGGAUCUGGACCUAUGUGAUCUACAUGCAAAAUAAGCAGUAAAUAUCACACUGUGUUGCUUUUAAAAAUAAAAUGUUUUCUCAAAUUUAAUGUUUUGGUUGACAAUGUCAGACAUGUUUUCACAACAGAAACUCACUCAGUAUUCCCAAACAUGCAGGAUUAAAUGGUAACAUCAGCACUGUUGUGGAAAAAGUAAGUGUUUGUAGUUGGUCUGUCCAAAAGUAAACACAAAAGACUUUUUACCAGAACAUGAAGCUUGUUGAUUAACACAUUAUAUUGAGUUUGUUCAAUUCAUGCAACACCGUAAGUGUAAAAACUGACAUCAAGUGGACAAAUGAGGGAUUUGAAUGUCUUCUUUCUUUCCAUGAGAUGUUCAGCUGAGUUGUUUGUUUGAUCCAAAGCUUUCAUGCUUUGAAAUAUUUGAAAUGCAUUUUCACAAAUUGGAAAACAAUUUCAACAAAUCAAAUCUGUGUUUAAACGAUACUUUAGCUUAUCUAUGAUGAACUCGUCUGGAUUUAAACAGUCUAAGUGUUGUGAUUUGGGAUCUGGACCUAUGUGAUCUACAUGCAAAAAAAGCAGUAAAUAUCACACUGUGUUGCUUUUAAAAAUAAAAUGUUUUCACAAUUUUAA